UAUAUAAAGAGACUGUGUGAGGAAUCUUGACAUUUGUUUAGGGGGUCAUCGAUGAUCCCCAUAUCCUAACAAACAUAUCUUGUCUUCAUCAUGUCCAUUGAUCCACAAGAGGAUUAUCAAAAACCUAAUCUGAAGCUCAAAUAUUGUUGUCCUCGGUCAAUGUUUCCCUUACACCAUGGCAACGAUGAGCUGUUGUUUCGGAUCCCUUCUAUUCCCUGCCAACAGGGCACAAUCCAACAAGAUCAGAUCUUCAGUCAGGCUUCACUGGAGAUAACUAAUCUUCCCACCAAAGGGAAAAGGCCACCAAAGUUAUCAGCCAUUCAUGGUCAUGACUAUUCCAGUACUGAUGGCAAGCAGAAGAGAGUCAUGCACAGAGAGAUAGAGAGGCAAAGAAGGCAAGAAAUGGCCAACCUUCACGCCUCACUGAGAUCUCUUCUCCCCCUUGAAUAUAUCAAGGGAAAGCGUUCGAUGUCGGAUCACAUGGAAGAGGCUGUGAAUUACAUCAAACACUUGCAGAAGAAUAUCAAGGAACUGGAUGCCAAGAGAGAUGAGCUAAAUAAGGUGCUGAAUUCAAGUGUUCUUCCUCUGGAAAGAGGAAGCUCAAAUAAUUGCUCGUCCAGCAGUGUCACAAUCCGCUCAUCAUGUUGGGGAGGAAUGGAGAUUCUUAUCAGCAGUAGAAUCAGAGAUGAAGGUUUCCCCCUUUCACGAGUGCUCGAAGCGCUGGCCGAAGAAGGACUGGAUGUUGUUAGCUGUGUUUCGACAGAUUUAAACCCUAAGUUACUCCAUAUCAUUAGAUCAGAGGGUCAUCCUUCGGGCAUUGAUCUACAGAUGCUGCAAGAGAAACUGACUGAUGUUAUUAGUAUAAAUUUAGAUUAGUAAAGGUUUCAAGUAAUAGUUUAUAUUGUUUGGGUUUUGAAGACGGUUGCUAGUUAAUAUUAGGCUAGGGCUUUCAUGACCUGAAGCUAAUUUGUCUUUUGAUCUGAACCUUGAAUCUGAAUUCUAUCCCCAAGAAUCUGAUCUUUGAUUAGAUGCAGGUUUCCUCUUCAA